AUGACCUCGAACACUACCAAAGACAGCGAUACGCUAUCACAGACAAGCACACUCGCCGGCAUCGCAACAACAGAUUUCGCCCCGAGGGCCACCACCAAGAACAACCACGACUUCAUUGCAUUGCAGACUCUACUCGAAACGCCGGAACUAGUGGCUACAACAUCAUCAUCCGACACCAGUGAAAUCUUUGUGGACUCGCAAUCACUCAUCAAGAAGCACAAGCGACUGAAGAUUUACUGGAUCAUGGGAUUUACGAUAGUCGGUUGUUGUAUGGUUUUGGCAUCUAUACUUGUUGUGAUAUUUGGCCCGCGGUCUGUUAGACAGAACCAUGCGAGGUAA